UCCUCCCUCUAUCUCUAAUUUUUGUCGUUGUCAUGUGGCUCAAUGUCAAUUCAUUCACAACUGCUUAAAAGUUGCACUGUAUUGUUUGCUGACCAGGCAUAAACUACGUCUUCGGCAUAAAUACAAAUACAGGAAAGUCACCUUUGAAACAGAAUGCAAAGUAAAGGCUCCGGUAAGUUUCAGUUUGCAAUUGACCGUGGUGGUACCUUCACCGAUGUCUUCGCCCGAACACCAAAUGGCUCCGUAUCCGUUCUCAAGCUUCUCUCGGUCGAUCCUGCCAACUAUAAGGAUGCCCCGACCGAAGGAAUUCGAAGAAUUAUCGAAAAGGAAACUGGCCAUCCUAUACCUGCUGAUAAACCUAUGGACACUAGCUGUAUUGAUUGGAUACGCAUGGGUACUACUGUAGCAACUAAUGCCCUACUAGAACGCAAAGGAGAAAGGAUUGCCUUGGUUAUAACAAAGGGCUUUAAAGAUUUGUUAUAUAUUGGUAAUCAGUCCAGACCAAACAUCUUUGAUUUGGAGAUAAGUACACCUGAAGUUUUAUAUGAAGAGGUCAUUGAGGUUGAGGAACGAAUGCUGUUGAAACAAGAUAAAUGCAAAUUGGAGCUGGAUUGUAAAGUUGUCACAGGUAUUACAGGGGAAAAGUUACAUGAAUGGUCAGAAAUAAACACCGAGAAACUAAAGCAGGACCUGGUUACUGUCUAUGGUCAAGGAAUUAAAAGCCUUGCUGUCAUUCUCAUGCAUUCUUACACCUAUCCAAAUCAUGAAAAACAGGUAGAAAAAAUUGCCCAAGAAAUUGGUUUUGAACACAUUUCUCUGUCAUUUGAUGUGAUACCAAUGGUCAAAAUUGUUCCCCGAGGUUAUACAGCCUGUGCUGAUGCUUAUCUGACUCCAUGUGUGAAGAAAUACGUUGCCAGCUUUGCUGAAGGUUUCAAAGACCAGUUGAAGGGUAUUCAGACAUUGUUUAUGCAAUCCGAUGGCGGUCUCACUCCCAUGAACAAGUUUAAUGGUGCUCGAGCUAUUCUAUCUGGUCCUGCUGGAGGAGUUGUUGGUUUUGCUAUGACGACCUACAAGAAAGUAUCAGAUCUUCCAGUUAUUGGAUUUGACAUGGGAGGUACAUCUACAGAUGUCAGCCGUUAUGCUGGACAAUAUGAACAUGUCUUUGAGUCUACCACAGCUGGAAUCACUAUUCAAGCACCACAGUUGGAUGUCAAUACAGUUGCAGCUGGAGGCGGAUCCAUCCUAUAUUUCAGAUCUGGAUUAUUUGUUGUUGGUCCAGAAUCUGCUGGCGCACACCCUGGACCAUUGUGCUACAGAAAAAAUGGUCCUUUGACUGUUACUGAUGCUAAUUUGUGUCUCGGCCGAAUCCUGCCUGAGUAUUUCCCUCACAUCUUUGGAGAAUCAAAAAACCAACCACUUGAUAAAGAAGCUACCAUAAAUGCCUUUCAUAAAUUAACAACUGAGGUAAAUGGUUUUACUUUAGGUCAGCAACCUGGCAGCAAUACAAUAAGUAUGGAGGAGGUUGCUAUGGGUUUCAUUCGGGUUGCUAAUGAAUCUAUGUGUCGUCCCAUUAGAGCUCUCACCCAGGCUAAAGGCUAUGAUACUUCUCGGCAUAUAUUAGCUUGUUUUGGUGGUGCAGGAGCUCAACAUGCCUGCUCCAUUGCUCAGUCACUGGGCAUUUCAGAAAUCUUCAUACACAAAUUUUCAGCAAUACUUUCAGCAUAUGGAAUGGCACUCGCUGAUGUAGUCCAUGAAGAGCAAGUUCCUUGUGCCAGUAUUUAUGAACCAGCUACAAUUUCUUACAUUGAUCAACAAAUAAUAACUUUGAUACAGAAAUGUAAAGAUGCCUUAAAGAAACAAGGAUUUACUGAGGAACAAAUUUCUACCCAACCAUUUCUACAUAUGCGUUAUGAGGGCACAGACUGUGCAUUAAUGUGUUCCACAGAAGACUUCCCUCAGCACAAAAGCAGCAGUCAAUAUGGAGAUUUUAAACAAUCAUUUCUAAGCCGUUACAAAAGAGAGUUUGGCUUUGUACUUGAUAACCGUCCCAUCAGUGUUGAUGACAUCAGAGUUAGAGGAACAGGAUGUAGUAUGACUGAGUACUGUCCACAACUCAGCAAUGGGAGUGACAAACCAAAGCCUAUGAAAUGUGUUCCAUGUUAUUUUGAAGGUGGCUAUCGUCAAACCAAUGUCUACCUACUUGAUUCACUCAAGUCUGGACAUCAGCUUGAAGGACCUGUUAUAAUUAUUGAUAAAAAUAGCACCAUUAUCAUUGAACCAGACUGUUCUGCUAGAAUCACACCACAUGGAGAUGUAAAAAUCCUGAUUGGUUCCUGUAAGAGUAAAGCAGUUAGUACCCAGUUAGAUGCCAUCCAAUUGUCAAUAUUCUCUCAUCGAUUCAUGAGCAUUGCUGAACAAAUGGGCAGAGUUUUACAACGAACAGCAAUUUCCACUAAUAUCAAGGAGCGCUUGGAUUUCUCUUGUGCUUUGUUUGGUCCUGAUGGGGGGUUGGUUUCUAAUGCCCCACACAUUCCAGUUCACUUAGGAGCCAUGCAAGAAACAGUCCAAUAUCAAAUGAAGGCUUUCAAAGAUAAUCUUCAUCCAGGAGAUGUGCUCCUUAGCAACCACCCUCAGGCAGGUGGCAGUCAUUUGCCAGAUCUAACAGUUAUCACUCCGGUGUUCUACCCUGAUGAAAACCAACCUGUCUUCUAUGUUGCUAGCCGAGGACACCAUGCUGACAUAGGAGGCAUCACUCCUGGUUCAAUGCCACCACAUUCCACUUCUAUAGAUCAAGAAGGAGCUGUUUUCAAAUCUUUCAAACUUGUUUCUGGAGGAAAAUUUCAAGAAAAAGCUGUCACUGAAGCUUUAAUGCUUCCAGCAAAAUACUCAGGCAGCAGUGGUACUCGAAAUUUACAGCACAACCUCAGUGACCUAAGGGCACAAGUAGCAGCCAAUCAUAAAGGCAUUGAACUGGUGUUGGAGUUGAUUGACUAUUAUUCCUUAAGAGUGGUACAGGCUUAUAUGAAACAUAUUCAGAAAAAUGCUGAAAUUGCUGUCAGUGAUAUGCUGCGUUCUAUUGCCAAAGAGACAAGAAAACGUACUGGAAGCACUCAGCUGUUUGCUGAGGACUUUAUGGAUGAUGGGUCAUGUAUUCGACUGCGAGUGGAUAUAAAUGAGAGCAAGGGGACAGCAGUAUUUGACUUCACUGGCACAACACACCAGGUACAUGGCAACUGUAAUGCUCCCCGGGCCAUAACACUGUCAGCACUCAUCUACUGUCUCCGCUGUAUGGUUGGUCAUAACAUUCCAUUGAACCAGGGCUGCCUGGUACCAGUGAAGACAAUCAUACCCAAAGGUAGUAUUCUUGACCCAUCAGAAACAGCUGCAGUUGUUGGUGGUAAUGUCCUCACCUCCCAGAGAAUUGUAGAUGUCAUCCUAAAAGCUUUUCAAAUAUGCGCUGCUUCUCAGGGUUGUAUGAACAACAUAACGUUUGGAGACCAAGACAUUGGUUACUAUGAAACAAUUGCUGGAGGUGCUGGGGCUGGUCCAGGCUGGAAUGGUCGCAGUGGAAUCCACACCCAUAUGACUAACACAAGGAUUACUGAUCCAGAGAUUCUAGAACGUAGAUAUCCUGUUGUAUUACAGAACUUUUCGUUAAGCCCUGGGACUGGAGGAGCUGGAAAAUUCAGAGGUGGCGAUGGCAUCACAAGAGAAAUUUUAUUCCGCAAAGACAUUCAGUUGUCAGUUCUGACUGAAAGGCGAGUUUACCACCCCUAUGGACUGAAAGGAGGUCAGCCAGGUCAGCGAGGAAGUAACUUAUUGUUUUAUAAAGAUGGUCGAGUUGUAAAUCUUGGUGGCAAGACAUCUGUCCAUGUGACAGCAGGAGAUAUGGUGAGCAUAGUGACACCUGGUGGUGGAGGAUAUGGUGUGCCUUUAAGUGAUUCUGUACAGUCCCAUAAUAUUUCAAGCAGACAUGGUUGUGGUGAUGAGAAUGAGGAUAAUGAAGUUGCAAAAAAGAAACUUUGCAAAGGACAGCAGCAUGCAACAAAGGGGAGUGUUUAUAACUAUAAACUUGCCCAAGAGUCUGCAUAAUUCUUUCUGUGAAUUUAAUUUGUAUUAAUAAAAUUCUUGUUAUUAUUGUUAUCAAUUAUUUUUUCAAAAGAUAACUGAUCAUUAUUAUUACUAGCAAAAAGACCACCUCCGGGCGAUUUUCUGCUAGCCCCUUGAUUAUAUUAUCACAUUUGAUUCCCAAUUCUAAUAAAUUUUAUAUUUUACAUCUAA